CAAAGUGAGAUUUAUGAAACGCACAGUAUUGUGCAAAUUAGUUUGGACAGUAGUAGUUGAAAUAACACAAUUAUUUGCCCCAUUGAAGUUUUAUUUUAAAAAAUGGUACAAAAUAUGAUAUAAUUAAUAGGAGAUAUGACCUCCUUUUUUCUUUUACAUGCAUUUGAACACGAUUUGGCAUGGAUUCAACCAAAGUUGAACACAUUUUAGUCCCAUGCUCAUCAUGAUACCAGGUCCUAAUUACAGCACUAAUUAGCUUUGCCAUUGUCAAACAGUCUUCUUUCAGGAGUCUUUGUUUGAUUAUAGCCCAUAAGUUUUCAAUGGGAUUGAUGUCUGGAAAAUAUCCAGGCCAGUCAAGAAUCUCCAGUCACACUCUCUUCAAAGAAUGUGUGCAUUUUACGUGAAGUAUGGCCAUAAUGAACAGGUACAUAAUGGAUUGGGGGAAUUUUAGAAAUGGUUUCUUGCAAUUAUUCAAUUGUGAUCCAGAUGGGAUGCUUGUUUUAUACAGAAACAUCAUUGUGAUGUUUUCACCAGUUGUUACUUUUUUCCACAGAAGGCAAGGCUGCAAGCUGAAAAAAUAGAUUGUUAUUCAAGUGUUAAGGUGUUGGAUAAAAUAUAAACUAUAACUACAUUAUAUAAAACAAUUAUGAGUCUUCUUACAAGUUAUCAUUUUGUGUUGGCUGUAAUUUAUGGAUACAGUUCAUAUUAUUACAUAUAUGGAGUCAUUCCGCCCAAAGAAAUAGCAACAGUACGUCGGUCUAACUAUGGUGUUUUCAAGUAUUUAACUUACUGGGAUCUGCUACUUCAGUGUGCUUUCUUCAGCUCAUGCUUCCUGAGCAAUGUCUUCUCAUCAGCUCAACGGAGCAAGCGCAAGACUGCACCUGAAAAGACCCUGGACUUCCUCUUCUCCUCAAUAGUCUUCCCAUUGGCUGUGUUUGUGGCAACAUCUUUCUGGGGGUUGUUCUUCACUGAUCGAGAACUUGUUUUCCCUAAAAUUUUUGACGAGUUCUUCCCGUCAUGGCUGAACCAUGUUGUGCACACCUUACCCCUGGUGGCUGUGUUGCUGGAGCUGCUCUGUGUUCAGAGAUCAUUUCCAUCCAAGAAAAAAGGCUUUCUCUGCAUCAGCCUCGUUUCCUGCAUCUACAUUGCAUGGGUUUUUUUCAUUGCACACACGACCGGCGACUGGGUCUACCCCGUUUUGGCCAAGCUCCCAACUCCCCACCGAGCCUUGUUCAUCGUGGGGCUGGUUGGUCUCAUGGGGCUGUGUUAUUUUGUUGGACACGUCCUGCACUCUCUCAGAUGGCGGCAACCUGCGCGUUCGGAGAAGAAAGGCCACCAGAAGAAGAAUAAAUAAAAGUUUCAGCUUGAGUUUCAUGCACCUGCAGCUGACAGUUGCACGGCCUCUCUGAAGUGCCAACUAAUUUACCACAUGAACCUGUGUGAUUCCUCCAGCAAUUUCCUGUCUUGUUAUUUGUCUCUACAUUCCCAUGACUGCUAGGCACUUGGUCGUAAACCUUGGCUUUGAAGACUAUGGUUCAAACUAAUUUGUUAACGUUUGGAUGGCUUUGACGGACCUCGUUUGCCAUUUCAGACUGCUAGCCCACGGAUGUACCAAGUUUUUAAUUUAUUUUAGUUAUAAUAUUUUAUAUAAUUAUUAUUUAAUUCAUCAUUGAAUAAACCUGGCAAUGCCGCCUAAGAUCCCCUAAAAUUUGUGAUCAAUUGUCUAUGGUUUCUAUUUUUAUGUGCGUACCUCCGCUAUCAGUUUUUAAUGCCAUUCUUUUAUUUUAGUUUUUAAACAAUAUUGGGUAGCUUGUAUUUCACUAUUUUCAUCUAAUUUAGAAAGAAAUAAAUCAUCGAUUUGAACUCAUGCUUAAUAAUACCUAAUUAAUUGUUUCGUUCCGUCAUGUCAGGACCUAACUGCCCAUAAUUCUGCUCUACUGUCUGCUGAUCAUUUUCCUUAUAGAAGCGUCUAUAUUUCGAUUGUGCUCUCCUAAAUAUUGUAUUCUACUUCUAAAAGAUAGAAUAAAUAUAAAGGUUAUUGUGGGUGAAAUAUUGGUUUAUGUACGGUUGCUUCGAUUUCAUUUUUGUGCUACUUAUUAAUUGUAAUUUCCCCUAUGUACAAGCAAGCUACAUUUGUUAUGAUUUCCCUCUAUUUUGUUACAUCUUUUUGUCAAGGUGGUUAUAUGUUUUUAUCUUGAAUUCUAGCAGAGAAAUAUAGAAGCAUGCCUGUGAUUUUGCUGGUACACUGAUAGUCGUGUUUCUAGUGACCUUAUUAAUGUUCAGAAUUGUUACUCGUGUUUAGACUGAUGCUGCUCCUUGAGAUCGUUCGAAUCCUGCUUUGUGCGACCCUUGACUAGCUCUUGGUCUUCACCUUGCGGAUAAAAGAUUCCUAAAACCAAUCACGCACUCGUCGAACACGUCCGGAUAUUUUUUAUGUGAUUCAAACGCAAGUUAUUACUUCUAUUUCGACAGAUGCGAAUUUUAUUUGUAUAUCGAUUUGGCUUUACGUGUGAUUUUACCGUAAGAUUGCUUAUCUUAUUACUGAUGUCAAUGAGGUUAACCCAGCUGAACUAGUUUAAAAGGAAUAGUAACUCGGUAGGUCAUCAAUAACGCCAGGGCCAUGCUUGCGCCUGAAGUUCUCAUUACCAAAUUGUUACGAGAUAAAAGACAAUCGUAAAAUUUGUGGAUCGCAUAUGCUAAUUUAUAUUAUGUACGUAACUCGAACGCUCUAAUUGGUUGAGGGGUCUGGGGUUUUUGAACGAGUGCUACGAUUUCAGUUGAUGUUCUUGCUUCUUGGGUAUGGGUAUAUUUGAACUAGAAAUAUCUAUUAAUUUUCCGAAUAAAAACAGAAACUCUGGUUCAAUUUAUUCUAAAAUGCCAGUUUGCUGAUGACCCAGUGUACAUUUGACUGAUUUGAGUCGUAGUUACGUGGUAUUGUUCUAUCCUACCGUUCUAGAUGGUUCUGUUACAAUUGUUAUGUGGCGCGAGAUUGCAACUGGGUGGCCGAGUGUUCGAAGUUCUCAGCUCCAAAAUAGGAGCAAUGAGUUGUGGGUUCGAUUUUACCAGCCAACGGUGAAAAGUUCUGGUCGAAAUCGGAGUGGUGGCACAACGGAUAUUGGAAAGCAAGUUGCUGAUUCGAGACUGUGAAAAUUCUGCCAAGUUGAUCAUAAUCGGCGACAGAACUAAUGUCCUGAUCUUCAACGCUGAAGCCGUUAUUCAUGUAAAGGUUUGUGGGAACUUGAGUUGUUAUUACUUGUGUUGACUUUUUUCCUACCGUGCUUGAUGACUGUUAAUGUUUUUAUGUGGCGUGAGAUUGCAUAUGCAUAUGGUGAGACUUGUGGGGCACGAGUCGUCGUAAUUACGUGCAAGUGUUCUUUUUCCGAUGGUACUUGUUUUGUUAUUGUUGUGUCACCGUUUUAUGUAGAUCGCAAUUCUAUUGAUGUUGAUAAUUUUCCAUCAACUUAAAUUCACGACGGAGUUACUCUGUACUGGAUUCGCAGACGGCACCGCAAUCGCUUUAUUUGACCACAAGCCGGAGCGACUUGUCCAUCAUCCGUUAUUUUAGUAUCAAUGCUAAGGCGGAUACCAGUAUGAAAAGAUUAAUGAUACAAAGGCGGUUCUUGAUACGAAAUCCGAAUGCGAAAUGAGUCUCCUAAUUCGAAUGCGUUUGGCUCUCACAUUUCUUCGUUCCAUCCGAACUCGGCCUCCUAAUGCAAUAUUCCCAUGAAAUCGUGUUUCUAUUAACAUUUUCGUUAAUCUUGAAACUGGCGUUUAUUAUGACUUUGCAAUAAUUUGGUUUACGAUUAGUGCUUUUUCAAAAGAACGACUCAAGUUAGAAUAAUAAAAUUGUGGUUAUACUAGUUCAACCAUGAUAAAAAUACCGCGUGGUCGCCUUAUGGUGAAAUCAGCAACCUGUGACCGUAAAAAAGCUUGAGUCCAAGUGUAAAUUGUAACCAUCAAUUUUGCUAUGCGUUAAAUGAAUGAACUUUUACAAUCUUGAUGUACAACUCACAAGUGGCUAAUAAAAUUAUCUCUCCAUUAAAUAAAAUGGAAAAUGCAAAAACAAAAAAUCCGAAAUAAUUAUGCAUUUUCGCCACAAGGUUGGACAUAAUGCUUGUUGCCUCACUAGUCACUAGUAGUGUGGUACUGAAGUCUAGUUGCUGCUGCAAUUGAAAUCGUAUAACUGUUAGAAAUGUUUAUGUUUACAUGUGUGUGUUGCGGGUUUUCAAUAAAAAAUAUUAUUUGAAUAA